UCAUGUAAAGUAUCAAGUGUUUAUCAAUAGCCUCGCAUCCAAAUAAUGUGAUAAUUCAGGAUCUUAGUAAUUUAUGCAUCCGGAGAGGACCAUGAUUUAUCAGAGGAGACAAGGAGUUCGAACAGGUCUAUAAAGAGAUCAAAAUCAAAUAUGGAGUAUGUUCCUGAAGACAGGUUUAUCAACGCAAUUCUUGUGAUCCUUACCAUUAGCCUUAUAAUCUAUGCAUCCAUACGUUUUCAAAAUAGAACUUUAAGUAAAAGGAUACCUGGACCGAGAGGAUGGCCAUGGAUUGGGUCUGCUUUUCAUCUCGGAUUGUCAAGCCUCCAUGUCAAACUAUCGGAAAUGCGAAAGAAAUAUGGAGACAUGUUUCAGAUUACCUUAUUUGGAAAAGAGAUUCUUGUUGUCUCUUCGUCUUCUCUGUGUAGAGAAUUAGGCCAGACUGAGCCCUACGCCACAUGGACGGCUAGCAGACCACACACAUUUGUUAGUAGGGUGGUUCUACGGAAUCGAACAGGGAUCAUAUUCACACCUGAUUAUGACUCGGAGUACAAAAAGAGAAGAAAAAUCGCAUAUGCUGUUCUAAGAGCUUAUGGACAAGGUCUUCAUAGGCUGGAAAACAGGAUCAAAGAACAACUGGACUACAUGAUUUGUGAUAUUAAAAAACUGUCAGGAAAAAUCGUAGAUCCAGUUAGUUUAGUUGAUGAUUUCAUAAUAGGCAAUGUGGAGCUAUUGUUGAUUGGGAAGCGGUGUGAAAAAGAUAGCGAAAUGCACCGAUUAUUGAAGACUUUUGACCAUGCAGCCAACGUUGCCGGUGAUCAGCGGCAUAACGCAAUAUACAACAUGUUUCCGUUCCUGAUCAACUUUAAAAGUGAGUUUUCUACUGAAUGUCAUAAGGUCAUGGACAUCUUACAGAAACUCACAAGUGUUCUGGAAAGUAACUUGCCGAACGAUAACUCCUGUUCAGAUGCGAUGUAUCCAGUUCUUAAAAAGACCAUAGCAACAGGGGAAAUCGACGAAAGCAGUGCAUCCUCAUUGAUGGGGGACAUGAUGGCAGCAGGUUAUCUGACAACUAGGGGAACGCUGUUGUCCAUGAUAAGGAUUUUACAGUGUAGGAAAGAUGUGCUACAAAGAAUGAGGGAUGAGAUUGAAAGAUUAAUGGGUGCCAAAAGCGGCAUUCCCACCUUAAAAGAUAGACCAAAGUUUCAUUACGUCGAAGCAUUUAUUUUGGAAACUCUUCGUUAUAUCUCCCAUGUUCCUAUAACUGUGCGUAGGAAUAGUGAAAGAUUGUCAAUUAGGGGAUAUGAUAUUCCAAAGGACACAAUGAUGAUAAUUAAUUUGUGGGACAUAAACCACACUGACGAAGAUACACCUACAUCGUUUGAUUUCAAUCCUGAUCGAUUCCUGGAUCCUGAGCAGCGGCUAUUGGCUGCCAACACUCCUGUGCGCAAGAGGUUUGCUGCAUUUGGACAUGGAAAACGAUCCUGUGUGGGAGAAAAUUUUGCUAGAAGCAGAAUCUUCCUUUUCAUAGUGACUCUAGUGAGCAAGUUCUCAAUUUCUGAUCCCUAUGAAAGAAAUCCUCAAUUAUUUCACCCCUUGGAGAUGAGCCCCGGUAUAGCUCUACAACCACCGAACUUCAAAUGCAUCUUUCACCCAUUAGACACAAAGUACGAAUGAAGAAACAUCCUAAGUAACUUGAAUUAUAUCGGAGUUUUUAUCUAUGUCAAACACUUUGAUGAAAGAAAAUGUUUUUAAGUGCGACUGUUCUUGCAGAAUUGAGUAGCAAGCACACUAAUUAUGCAUAAAACAACUCAUAAAAAAUAAAGUAUGAGGACUAAUACUUUUUAAAACAA